AGGGUUUUCUCUAUUGCAAAAUAUAAAAUAUUAAUCACGGCGCAUAAUAGGCAUUUCAUUCUCCUCCCUCUCUCCUAGCGUCUGUAGUCUGAUUAAGAAGGACAGAGAGGAAACAAAGGGGCUUGUUUUAGCUGCCUUUGUCAGAUGGCUAGAUGGGAUGAGAUUCUGUCUCUUCCUGUACAAAACCCACCAACCUUGGAGUUCUCUGCUCAUGAUAUUGUAUGGUCAAAGGUGGAAGGUUGGCGUGACAAUAUAGAUAGAGUUGCUUUGAUCCCUUUUGCUAGAGUGGAUGACUUUGUUAGGGGUGAAUCCUCUAACAAAGACUGUCCAACUAGAUUUCAUGUUGAAGCAAGAAGGCGGAGAUCGCCAAAGGCACCUUACAAGCCAAAGGUUGAUGGUAUUCUUGAAUAUAUUCUGUAUUGGUGUUCAUUUGGUCCUGAUGACCAUAGGAAAGGGGGUCUUGUACGUCCCAGCCGGAACACAUACAUUCCUAAGAAGACAAAUGCUGGUCGACCUAAUACAAAAAGAGGCUGCACCUGUCACUUUAUUGUAAAACGCUUAAUUGCUGAACCGUCAGUAGCACUGAUAAUAUAUAACCAGGAUAAGCAUGUAGAUAAGAAAGGGUUGCCAUGCCAUGGACCACAGGACAAAAAGGCAGCAGGCACACGUGCUAUGUUUGCACCGUACAUCUCAGAGGAUUUACGCCUCCGUGUUUUAUCUUUAUUGCAUGUUGGUGUGUCUGUGGAGACCAUAAUGCAGCGGCACAAUGAAUCUGUAGAGAAACAGGGUGGUCCAUACAACCGUGAUGACCUUUUGACCCACAGGUAUGUUCGAAGACAGGAGAGGAGCAUUAGACGUUCUACAUACGAGUUGGAUGCAGAUGAUGCAGUCAGUGUAAGCAUGUGGGUUGAAAGCCACCAGAAUUGUGUAUUUUUUUACGAGGAUUUCACUGAUUCAGACCCUUUUAUCUUGGGCAUUCAAACUGAGUGGCAGUUGCAACAAAUGAUUCGAUUUGGAAAUCACAGUCUCAUUGCCUCUGAUUCAAGGUUUGCAACAAAUAAACUUAAGUAUCCUAUACAUAGUCUCAUUGUCUUCAAUUCAGACAAGAAAGCAAUCCCGGUAGCUUGGAUAAUAACCCCAAGAUUUGCUAGUGUAGAUGCUCAUAGAUGGAUGAGGGCUCUAUACAACAGGGUUCGCACUAAAGACCCUAUUUGGAAGUUGGCUGGGUUUAUUGUGGACGAUCCUUCUAUUGAUGUUCAUACAGUCAGGGAUGUUUUUGAGUGCACUGUAUUGAUAUCCUUUUGGAGGGUCCGCCAUGCAUGGCAUAAAAACUUAGUGAAGAGAUGUUCAGAGACAGAGAUGCGUGUUGAGAUAUCAAGACGACUUGGGCAGGCAGUUGAUGAUAUUUGCAGAGGAUGUGGAAAUGUUGAUUUGUUUGAGAAAUUCAUGGAAGAUUUUGUUGAUUGCUUGGAUUUUAUGGAUUACUUCAAAGCAGUCUGGUAUCCUAGAAUAGGGACUUGGGUAUCUGCCCUUAAAACGCUUCCACUUGCAAGCCUGGAAACUUGUGCAGCAAUGGAAUUUUACCACAAUCAACUGAAGCUCCGAUUGUUGAAUGAGAAGGAUCCUGCUGUCUACCAACGCACUGAUUGGCUGGUUGAUAAGUUGGGUACGAAAGUGCAUUCGUACUUUUGGCUGGAUGAAUAUUCGGGGAAAGAUGAUUUUGCACGAUAUUGGAAGGAUGAGUGGGUAAGUGGUUUAACAUCUUGGAGGAAGGCAUUGAAGAUUCCUGAUUCUGAUGUGGCCAGUGAGAGGAGAUUUGCAAAAGUGACCGAUCAGAUUGAUCGAGAUACAGUUUAUGUUGUUUGGAACCCUGGGUCUCAGUUUGGGAUCUGUGAUUGUUCCUGGGCAGAGAUGGGCUACCUUUGUGAGCAUGUCCUCAAGGUUAUAAAGGUCUAUCGUGAAAAAGGGUCUAUUUCACCUUCUGUCAGCAUAUUUCAGUACAACAAGGCAUUGAUUGAUAUGCUACAUUGUCCACCUCACGAUUCUUUGAUCCGUGAUCAUGCUGUUUCUUUAGCAAUUUUUGUGCAGAAACAGUUAAAUUCACUAGUUGGUCAUGUUCAGAAACAAACUAAGGAUGCUAUUGAGCAAGAAAGUGCACCAGUAGCUUCUGCUAAACAAAAUAGAGGAUUAGCAGAUGAGGAUCACUGUGUGAACAGGAACAUAUUGCCUAAUCAUAAAUAUGGUUACGUAGAUUGCUCUGAGUCUCUGGCUGGUAUUGCAAGUGAUUUGGGCAGUGAAUCGGUUGAUCAGGGAGUUGGUAUAAACAGCGAGACUGCUGGAGAAGGAAUAUUUGGUUCUGAGAUGGAUGUUGACCCACCCUCCAGUAUUUGUCAACCUGAAUUACCAUCUCUUAGUGAGGAAAUUGUACCUGGUAAUGCCUUUCCAGGGCAUGGAGACAGUGCUUUUAUUAACAAGGUCCCUAAUAUGGAUGCUUAUUCACUUCCCAAAGAUGAUGCUUUAAGAGAUAACGAAUGUGAAGAAAUAUUUAACAUAAAUUGUCACGAAAGUGCAAUGGCUGUUGAGCCACAACCAGAUGAGGUUCCCCAAACAGAACAGCUUUCAAAGCCAUGCACAGUGACAAAUCAAGAUCAUUUGGGCAGCAAGUGUAUUGAACCUUCAGUGCCAUCCCCAUCCUUGUGCUGUACUUUGAAGCCGCAAGUGCUUGAUACUGCUGAACCCUCAGGUGUUCUGAAUCUGGAUAUAUCAGUGGUGUUAGAAAGUGAGAAUGAGAACACAAGCAAGAAUUGUUCUACUGAUACUGGUUUCGCAUCAGAGGAUCAUGUUAAUUUGGAAAUUGUUGCUGAUCUUGGUCAUGAAGCAAAGGUAGUCGAUAGCAGUAUGGCUGAACUCUUGAAAACAUCCCAAAAUCAUUUAACAACACCACCUGAUGGUGAUGGUCAACCAUCUACUGAAGUUGCAGCUCGUGAAACAGAUGAUUCUGAUGACAAGGAGCUUCUUAGCAACAAGGAACCUUCUACAACUAAUUCUGAAAGUGUUGAAGAUGGAAGAUGUGAUAGUAAGGAAAUUCAUGAAUCGGUGAAUAAUGAUCAGAAUGGUGCUGUUGAUAUGGAAAUUGUUUCAGAAGAGGCUACCGUUGACUUUACAAUCAGUGCUGGUUCUCACAAACGAUAGAAAGAUGGCUCAUCAAUUCCUUAUUUCUUUCUUUGUACAUGCUCAAUAAAUUUAAUUGUAAUUUUAUGAUUCAGCUAGUUGCUUUAGCAUCAAUCAGAAUUUUUUUUUCAUGGUA